GAGUGAACGGAUGGCUAGUGAAUCGCCCAUCACUUGUAGUGAAGCUUCGAUUUGUGUCGCACCAGCUCUUCCCGUAAGCUGUUCCCACCAAUAUGUUCAUUGGAGUGACCUCCGGUGGAGGCAACGUCAACUCUCACUACGAUUAUUUAAUUUGAACUAUAUAUAGGUACAUCUUCCUUAGUGCAACUAUUUAUUUUAAAUUAAAUUAUGGCGCUUGAUUUCGUUGCUGGUUGUAUUGGAGGUUGUGCGGGAAUCAUAAUUGGGCAUCCUUUGGACACUUUAAAAGUACACAUACAGUCAGGUAGGGGAAGUGUUUCAAAAUGUACGAAGGCAUUGUUAAAAGGUGGAACUUUAGCAAAUGCUUACCGAGGUGUUGGAGCACCUUUAGGUGGAAUAGCGGCCAUCAAUGCCAUUGUCUUCGGCUCCUAUGGUAACACGAUAAGAGCAAUGCCUAAUCCAGAGUCUCUUGUAGCCCAUGGAUUUGCUGGAGGAGUAGCUGGAAUCCUUCAAAGUAUUGUUUGCACACCUGUUGAGUUAAUUAAAACAAGACAGCAGCUGGCUAAGGCCGGUGAAAUGAUGCCUACUGGUGCUUGGUCUGGAGCCCGUUAUGUAAUACGAACUAGCGGAUACAGGGGUUUAUUCCGAGGAUUUGGAAUAACAGUGCUUCGUGACAGUCCGGGGUUCACCAUGUAUUUUAUGUCUUAUGAAGCAAUGACUCGCGGAAAUCAAGAUGCCAUGAGAGUGUUUAUGGGUGGCGGAGUUGCUGGGGCACUUUCGUGGAUAGUAUCGUACCCUGUUGACGUAAUUAAGUCAAGAUUGCAAGGCGACGUAGUACAAAAGUAUGCUGGUGCAUGGGACUGCUUUACACAAUCAUUACGAACAGAUGGUUGGCGGUGUUUGACCCGUGGUCUUGGACCUGUGCUUUUACGAGCAUUUCUUAGUAAUGGAGCCUGUUUUACUGCUGUAGCAUGGACCGAACGCAUCUGGCAGCAAAUAAUUUACCCUCCAGUCACCUCUUUUCAUAAAUCUAAGAGCGUGAAAGAUAGCCCGGACUAUGUUUACGAUACGUGAUAAUUAAGGUUAUUAAGAAAUACGACAUUCGAUACAAGUUGGUGAUUCGAUUCCCGAAUAUAUGUAUGAACGACGGGAAGGUGUUAAAAAUAUAUAAAUCAGAUUUAUAUAUAGAAAUUCA